AUGGUCUCGAGGAAACAAAGCGUUCCAGAUGUUCCUCGGCUUCCUCAGACUGAUGUCUCUGGGAAAAACCCUGCCUUACGUGGUAUAAUGGUUAGCUUGGAGACUGCUGCACUCUGGGAAACAUUUAACAGUCUUGGAACUGAGAUGAUUGUGACAAAAGCAGGAAGGAGAAUGUUUCCACUUUUCCAAGUUCGUAUUUGGGGAAUGGAUCCUACUGCUGAAUAUUCUCUUCUUCUUGACUUCUUACCAGUGGGUGACAAAAGAUACAGGUACGCUUUUCACUCGUCCUCCUGGCUGGUUUCAGGCACUGCAGAUCCAGCUCCUCCAGGCCGUCUUCAUUUCCACCCAGACUCCCCAGCACGAGGAUCACAUUGGAUGCGACAGACUGUUUCUUUUGAUCGACUUAAGCUCACCAACAAUGCACAAGAUAUGAGAGGACAUAUAAUUCUAAACUCGAUGCAUCGGUACCAGCCAAGGCUCCAUAUCCUGCUGUCUGAUCGCCAUCAAGGUGGAGAAGCCCGUGCUUCACAAAACUUUGUAUCAUUCGUCUUUCCAGAGACUCAGUUUACAGCUGUGACGGCGUAUCAGAAUCACAGAAUCACACAGCUAAAGAUUGCCAGCAACCCAUUUGCCAAGGGGUUUCGGGAUGUUGAUGCUGAUGAAUGGUUACUUUCACGUAUUCCUGCACCUGUCAAAAUACAUGUAAAGGAUUCUCCAGAAAGAUGGCACAGUGUUGACCCUCACUCCACUCUAUGUUCCGAAACCCACUUUAUGCAUCCUACUGAACAAUGAGCUCCUUGUACGUGACAACUGUGAUGACUAGGACAUCCUAAGUGUUUGUAUCCAUUCAACUUCUGCGACUAUAUCAAGAAGCAAGCCUGUUGUGUGCCAUGAUUGGAUGUGAGGAGUACUGUGCAGGAGACGUGUGUCGGUCUCAUCUGGUGGACCUUUUGCACAACUGACACAGUUGAUUUAGUUUGGCCAAAUGGAACAAGAAGCUGCUUUCAACCACAGGAUCACCUAAAAAUCUAUAAGAAGAGCUUGAAGGAAUCAUAGGACC